AUGUCAAGAUUACCAAAGAUGUCGAUCAAAGAGGAAGUGGAGCCAUGCGAAUUACAUGAAGUGAUACGAUGUGCAGUGUGUCGAGAACAGUCACAAGAAAAAGCACAACGAGAGCUGAAGAGAUCUAUUUCUCAUAAUGCAGUGAAUAAUCUCCGAAAUCGUAAAUCAUACUCAAAUCUGCAGAGAAGAUAUUCUCAAGGAAGUAUUUACAGCACUGCUUCGACGGACUUCAAAGUGGAUCCAGCGUCAGAACUACCCUCUGAUGAGGAUAUCUCAAGUAAGAUGGGAAUAUUGUGGGAAUUAUUACCAGAUGAAACUAAGACAGCGUAUAUUAGGCAUACAGUGUUGACGAAAACAUCUGGUAAAAGAGACAGUGAGAACACGUAUAGCGACCGAUUGAAAUAUUCACAUCAUGAAUCGCCUCUCCAAUCAAGAUCUUCUAUGGGAAAGAAAGAGCAACUACUCAAGUUGUUGGUCGAUCAAUUGUAUGAAGAAGUAUUUGAUAUCAGAGAUGAACCAACAAAAUAUGCACCUGAACAAAGUAUCAACAUGAACAGAUUGAUGAGAGCUGACGAGCCAAUGACCCAGGCACAUUCUCCCUUGGAAGAGAUCAAAUUAUGGAGAGACAGUCAGAUAAUUAGUGAAAAAAUUGAAGAAUUGAACGGUUUAAUUAAAAGGUUUCAACAGUUCUCGCCAGUGCAGACACCAACGAAGGAGGACAACACAAAAGUAUUCAAUCCUAGCCAACAAGUCAAACAAGUAGAUCGUUCCAAACUAAUCUUUCCACCAAAGGGCGAAAAGAAAGAAGGUUUUCUGACCUCGAUGGCCAAAAAGUUUGCCAGGAAAUGGAAACACAAAAAGAGGCCUGCUGCAUUAAGCCUGUACCGUGAGCCAAAUCCUGACAUUCGAUACGUGAUGAGAAGCCCCGUUUCAACCAACAAUAGACCGUGUUCUUAA